CCACUCAAUCAACACAUCCAAAAAGCACAUACCAAUUUUUCAUCAAAAAGCCAUAGCAGUUAUCAUGAGUGCAGCAACCAGAGCUUGGAUUGUUGCAUCCAGCAUUGGGGCAGUGGAGGCCUUGAAGGAUCAACUGGGGGUGUGCAGGUGGAAUUAUGCCUUGAGAUCACUCCAGCAGCAUGCCAAGAGCAACAUCGGAUCAUUCACUCAGACCAAGAGCUUGUCCUCUGCAACUUCUGCUGCUGUUGCCCACAAGGUCAAUAGGACCGAGGAAUCCAUGGGGAAAGUCAUGGACUUGGGUUGUUGGGGUCCCAAUACUAUAAGGUUCUAGAGUGGAAAGUGAAUGCCACACCUGCAUUGUGCUACGAGUUUCAUCCUAUACUGCAUUGUAGCCUUUCUGAUGUCAUUCUGUUAUAUGCUCUCUUUGAUUCAUACAAAAUUUUGUCUAUGAAAUGGUGUACAUAUAUGAUAUCCUAUGAAAUGAAAAUUGAGAUCUAAUUUUCAGCUUCUA